CAUGAGCUGUCCAUCUGCUUCUCUCUUGUGCUGGGGAGGACGAUCGUUUCGUCUUACGAGAACAGCUUAUGUCGGUGUAACUGCAACAUCGGACUUUUUAUUACCGUCAUUUAGGCAUCGACAUCAGACACGUAGCUUUACCUCACUCUGCAUCACUGCCAUGGGCAAAAAGCCUCAAGUGGCCAUCAUUGGAGCCGGCUUUUCGGGACUCAGAUGUGCAGAUAUUCUUGCCAAAAAUGGUGCCCAGGUGACCAUCGUCGAGGCUAGGAAUAGAGUCGGAGGGAGGGUCCAUCAAAGUGAGGUUGGGAGUAACCUUGUAGAUUUAGGACCUAAUUGGAUCCAUGGCACCGGGAAGAAUCCAAUCGCCGACAUUGCAGCGCUGACAGGAACUACCAUUUACGACCUUGAGGGAGAUCAGAUUUUGUAUUCCUCUGAUGGCAAGCUCAUAGACCGCCAACUGGCUACCAAAGUAUCCGAAUUCCUGUGGGAAACUAUCGGAGAGGCUUUCGAGUACAGCAAUGCUCACAAGGAAACCAUUUCUCCACACCGCAGUCUGCUCGAUUUCCUCACGGAUCGACUGGAGGCAACCAGUCUCACUCCCUUGGAAAAGGAGCUGUGUAUAGAAUCAAGCAGGCUGUGGGGUGCAUAUGUCGGGGAUCCCAUUGAAAGGCAGAGCUUGAAGUUCUUUUGCCUUGAAGAGUGUAUAGACGGCAACAACUACUUUGUGGCUUCCACUUAUAGAGCUAUCCUGCAGCAUGUCUCCAAGACCGCCCUUGAGAACGCCGAGAUUCGAUUUGACCAACCGAUCGUCAAAAUUGACUCGAAGAUCCGAGAUGAUCCAAAGACACCGGGUGAAAUCACCUUAACCACCGCAACUGGCGAAACCUUUCAGUUCGACGAAGUGGUAGUUACCUGCCCACUGGGAUGGCUGAAGCGCAACCAAGCGGCCUUCACCCCCGAGCUCCCAGCCCGACUCACCCAAGCCAUCAACAGCAUCUCGUACGGUCGAUUGGAGAAGAUAUACGUCACUUUCCCUGAAGCAUUCUGGCACAAUCAUACAGACCACAACGCCAACGAUCCCAGCGGACCACCACCAACAACAAAGACCAACACCCCCGAACAACCACCCACCUUCAUCCAAUUCCUCGACCCAACCUACACCCCCCACCCGUCCAACAUAAUAUGGAACCAAGAAUGCGUCUCGCUCGCAACUCUCCCCCCUCCAUGCGCCCAACCCACCCUCCUCUUCUACACCUACGGCCCCUGCGCCACGCACAUAGUCUCAACCCUCAAAGACCUCCCCCUGUCCUCCGCAGCCUACACCAACUACCUCACCACCGUCCUCUCCCCCUUCUACUCACUCCUCCCAGGCUACAACCCCACCUCACCGACCUGCCAACCCACCGCCUUCCUCGCCACACAAUGGCAAAACGACUCCUACGCAGGGAACGGCUCGUACUGCAAUUUCCAGCGCGGUUUGGAGCACGGCGAUCGCGACAUCGAGGUCCUCAGGGCAGGUAUGGGCGUUGAGCGCGGCGUGUGGUUCGCGGGCGAGCAUACGGCGCCGUUCGUGGCGUUGGGGACCACGACGGGGGCGUAUUGGAGUGGGGAGCGCGCGGCGGGUCAGAUCUGUGGGCUUUAUGGGCUGGGGAGUGUUGGGGUGGGGGUUGUGAGGGAUGAUUCUUUGCCUUCGGCGGCGGUGGCAGCGGAGGGGAAGGAUGGGGUGGUGGAUGGUGAUUUCAACUAG